CCUCUCUCCGAAGGAUGCUCUGUUGCUGUUGCUGUGAUUUUCGGGGCCAAUGUUCAGCUGUACAGGAGCACUAAGCCAAAUCCUCCACCAUCAUCAUGUUUUCAUCGGCGCAGGAGGAGGAAGGGAGGGAGGGCUGAGUGCGAGGCAAAGUGGGGGGAGAGAUAGACACACACCGGGCCUAGUCGCCACAUCUUUUCAUGCGAAGGAGCUGCGCCGUUAAACCACCCGUUUUUGGUUUCCCAAACCAACUCCGGCCCGGGCCUCAGUCCGCGGUCUCGAGUUUGAUAGUGGGCUGUUAGAGACGAAGGAACGCCGGCUUGACGCUGCCAAGCAGCCCCUGCGCCCCAACCACCAUCAUGGGAGACAGCAGAGAUUCUCGCAGUCCAGACAGUUCGUCUGUGUCUUCCCCUCCCUCGGGCCAGCGCUCCCCGCCGCUGGUUCCCUCUGCAGCUUCCAUGACUUCACUGCCACCCAACACCACCACAGGGGUCAACAGUCCCAUCAGUAGCAUUGGUUCUCCCUUUUCUGUUAUUAGCUCAUCACUGGACUCACCCUGCCUACCUGGCACACCGUCAGUGGGAUAUGGCCCAAUUAGCAGCCCCCAGAUUAACUCAACAGUGACCAUGUCAGGGCUCCAUGCAGUGAGCAGCUCCGAUGAUGUGAAACCUCCUCUUGGCUUGAAGCAGCUGUCUUCCCACAGCCCAGGGCCGAUGCUUUCUCAGAAACGCCUUUGUUCCAUCUGUGGAGACAGAUCUUCUGGUAAGCACUAUGGCGUCUACAGCUGUGAGGGCUGUAAAGGCUUCUUCAAGAGAACAGUGCGAAAAGACCUAACCUACACCUGUCGGGACAAUAAAGACUGCAUAGUUGAUAAAAGACAGAGGAACCGCUGCCAGUACUGCCGCUAUCAGAAAUGCCUGGCGAUGGGAAUGAAGAGAGAAGUGGCCAAGAUGAACGACAGAUCUGUCCAGGAGGAGCGGCAGAGAAACAAGGAGCGCGAAGGCGAGGUGGAGUCGACCAGCGCAGUGAACGAGGAGAUGCCGGUGGAGAAGAUUUUGGAAGCUGAGAUGGCUGUAGAGCAAAAGACGGAGCUUCAUGCAGAUGGAAGUUCAGGCGGAAGCUCUCCCAACGAUCCGGUUACCAACAUCUGCCAGGCAGCAGACAAGCAGCUCUUCACUCUGGUGGAGUGGGCCAAGAGGAUCCCUCACUUCUCUGAGCUUCCUCUGGAUGACCAGGUCAUCUUGCUCCGCGCUGGCUGGAAUGAGCUCCUGAUUGCUUCCUUCUCCCAUCGCUCCAUCUCGGUGAAGGACGGCAUUUUACUGGCCACUGGCCUCCAUGUCCACAGGAACAGCGCUCACAGCGCAGGGGUCGGAGCCAUAUUUGACAGGGCGAACAAUGCUGAGGUUGGGGCCCUAUUUGACAGGGUUCUGACAGAGCUUGUAAGCAAAAUGAGAGAUAUGCAGAUGGACAAGUCAGAGCUGGGUUGCCUUCGAGCUAUUAUUCUCUUUAACCCAGAUGCCAAAGGUUUGUCCAACCCCAGUGAGGUGGAGCUUCUGCGAGAGAGAGUUUAUGCGUCUCUUGAAGCGUACUGCAAACAGAAAUACCCUGACCAGCAGGGCAGGUUUGCCAAGCUCCUCCUCCGACUCCCAGCACUGCGCUCCAUCGGUCUAAAGUGCCUGGAGCAUCUAUUCUUCUUUAAACUGAUUGGUGACACGCCCAUUGACACCUUUCUGAUGGAGAUGCUCGAGGCGCCUCACCAGCUGACUUAAAGGAGCCGCGUUCAGACCGGUCAGGAUCCGACGCACACCAGGAUUACCAACACGGCCUCCAGCGUCUGCUCGCUGGCUCCUCCUGCUGGGCCUCGCUAAACUGCAGCACCGCUGGUUUUAUUCUGCCAGCUUUUACACCCAAACACACACACACACACGUUACCCGUCACCAUACGCUUCAUUAUGUGUUCACGGACAUACAGUCACACAUGCACCUGCAGUUCUCCGAAACGGGAUACCUGAACUGAAAAAAGAAUCUAACAAAUACACAGAAAGAGCUUGAAUUUAAUAAUUGCUAAUGCUCACACACACAUACACGCAUGGAUUUUCCUCAGUUUCCUCAGUUUUCUUCUACAGGAGUGUUGACUCAAGAAAUGAUCCCACACAUACAAGAAAAAAUGUCUUAAUUUAAAUUAGACGUUAGUUUUCACAUCUUCAUCUCACAGUGGGAUUUUGCUUCUGCAUAACUGGUGAUUUCCUUUUCUUUUCACUUUGGUUACUUACAGUUGCUGCUCGCUGCACCUCUGUCUCUUAUAUUCAUAACUAGCUGGUUAGUUAUUUAUGUGAUUUUAGCUGAAGAUCAGGUGCAAAGCAUUUGAAUCAACUGUCCAGCGUCACAACAAAAUCUCCUUUUAAGGACUUGCAAACACAUCAUCAAAGCGAUUUUAUUCAAUCGGGUAAACAUAGAAAUAUUGGGGUUUUUUUAAAUAGUCAUGCUGAAACUUGUUUGAGUUUCUAUUUUGAAGUACUGUACUCAUGAAAUGAGCGCUUUUUAAGGCAUUGAAAUCUAGGAAAAGGGGGCUGGGUGUGCUUUGUUUAACAAGCGAAGCCCCUCCAACCCUUACGCGCACAGCGGGCUUUGUAAGAAAGGAAGAAUGACUUGAAUAAUUUGUUUCUUUUAUUUUUAAGUUGAGAUUUUAUCUCUACUUCGGCAGAUGUUUGGCAUUUUAAGGCGCUUGAAGCCUACAGGAAGUAAAGCUUCACGCAAAGAUAAAAG